CGCUAUUGGAUUUCCGUGAUGGAGCCUCGGCGAGAUAGUACUAGAGGCCUGUUAACUGCGCUUACACCGCAUUCGUUUGUUUGCUUCCAGUGCAUAAUACUUGUACGAUAGUACUUCAUACAAGUUCUUGUUUAUUGAGAUUCAUCGGGACAUAUUCGCUUUUCCUUUAUUUUUUAUGUUUUGGAUUUGUGUUUGUUUGUGUGUGUUUUCUGGCCAAUGGAAUACAAAAUUAGAGACUUAUUUAGAGAUUUGAGUUCCUCUACUGAAUGCCCCAUUGUUGUCUUCUCGCUGAUAUUGUCAGGAUGAGUCGAGAGGGAGGAUGACAGCGGACAUCAGUUAUGAACCGGGACGAGGGGGCCUUCCUUUCUGGGAUUUACAACCCACUUUUCGCCGGAUUACGGAAAUUCGGCGGGAAGUCCCGAGUGUCAGAGCUGCGAGUGAGCGAUAGUCAGGCCAGUUACUCUGAUGAUGUCCACAGUGUUGGACGAAAAUUUCAGCUUUAAAAAGUCUCCACGUAGAGUAUGACGGGCGGCGGCAUGGAUGCGGGGAGCUGCCCGCGUUGUCAGAAAUGUGAGCGGUGGCGGGCGGCCCCAGACCACUUCCGGGAACCCAUGUUGCUGUGGGACAGCUUCCCCUGCCCACCCCCGGGCACAGACAAAACAAAGCUACUGCUCGAGUUGGAUUGGACGGGCCGUCUGGGACCAACGAACGGCUGUCUCGCCUUGCGCCGCGUAGCAAAGCGAUGCAAACUGGAAUUAACUAAUUUAAGUUUGCCUGAUUCUCUACGAUACUGUGAUAAGUUUUAUUCAAUGUUCGGAAUAUGUGGGACCCAGUGUGUGAUAGCCAUCAUUCUUGCCUGCAUCUGCCUGAUGUUCGUCUUCAUCCUCGUCAUCGUCUGCUGUAGAUACGUGCGACGGACGGACAAGCCGGCAGUUUCCGGCGCUUGCACGAAGGUUGUUAGCGGGGACGAGGCUUCGCUGCAGUCUCAGAUGUCCCGCUACUACAUUCAGAGCCAGUACUGUUACCGGGCCGGCAACCUGCCCGACCGCAGGGGACUUCCGUUCGAGGUGAGGUCUACAGAGAACGGAGUUGAGGCCAGACUUAUUAAGGCAAUUCAGCAGACGCCGGGACAAGCCGGAUACCAGUUUGACGACAUGUGCGCGCAGUGCAAGACCGCCAUUUCGCGCAACAGCACACUAAGCAGCGGCCGGAGCCGCCAGGGGUAUGAGCGGAUACACUGGCGGGAGCGGGAGACCCUCGAGCGACGCGCGCCAUCUCAUGACUCCCUUGUCCACCGGCGACAAUCUGACAGAAAUAGAUCCAUAGCCGGAAGUAGCUCGGACAUGUCACACUAUUAUGAAUAUAUCAGUGACACGCCAUACGAUAUUGGAACGUACAGUGGCAGGCGAUCGAACCAUUCCACCGUGUAUUUCCCGAGAAAUACGUCAGCCAGCUUUAAGGACGCUCCCUCGCAUUAUAACGAUUCACGGUGCUCUGAGGAGGACCGGGCUUUAAUGUUGUCACGUCUCAUUAGCAAAGAAAUAGUUCCAUUUAAAGGCGGGCCUGGCUAUAGAGACUUUUAUAAAGAUGAUAAAAAUCCAUACGGCGGCUCGCUGAAAGAGGAAUGUUAUUGUUCAGACAGUGGCAUUGUGACGGACAAGGAUCGCAGAUACACCGUGCAAAGAGAGCGUCAAAAUAGUAAAUGCUCAAUUGUGGAAAACUUUCAAGGCGAGUGUAUACCACGUGACCAAAUAAAGGGCUAUAAAUACACGUUCAAUCCGAACUUUGAUGAAGAAACAACAACAACAACCAGCAGAAAUGAGCUCGGUGACGUGAGUUCUAGUCCGUGCACCCCAAGUGACUGUCUGGACUUUGCAGAGCCCCAUACAACACGUGACAAAUGUGAUAAUAGCUCUAGUCCUAGUAGCAUUAGAUUAAAGGUCAAAGGGUCAAGGACGCCUAGUUUAAGGUCUAAUAGAAACUCAGAUAGUACUUCUCUGAGUGACAAUAAUGCUUCCUUAACUAAUUUACAUACUGUUCCGCGAACAAAUGGCACAUUCUAUAAAUCAAACAGACCUAAAUGAUCAUUGUUAUUGUGAGCUUUCAUUAUUUGUAAUUAUUUAUAAAUUAAAAUUUAAGCAUUCCUUA